GUUGAGCGCAGCACUGGCGUGCUCAUCUCCACCUCGGAACCGGAUAUUCGGGUUUUGCGCGAUUACAGCACCAGUGCGAGCUAUAAUGACGUGAUCCUGGCAACCGAGUGUCCAGAUGCCCGAGUGUCGGAGCGUGCUAAGAAGCUUCUGGAAAUGACCGGCGGUUCCGCGAAGGACUGGGGCGCUGUGCGGAACACGCUCGGAGAUCAAGACCACUGGCACGGAGCGGGUGGAGGAGUUCCUUCUUUCUCGCGACUUCGCGUUCGCGGGACUGGACUGGGUUAUCGUCAUCACGAUCCCUGGGGAGACGAUCUUGGAGGAUAUUAA